GGCCUGCCAGGAAGUCCGCAGACGUGUCAGCUGGUGAGCCGGCCAUACCUGAGAUGCUGUCCAUGGAGCAUGCUGCUGCCCCUGCAGGUGAACGCUCAUCGCCGAAUGUUAGCACCAUGGGAGCAGAAGGUGGCCCAGAUGUCCGUUCGAAGGUAUCGUCAGUCGAAAGCAGUCCUGUCUUACAAAGGAAUCGAGAGAAAGGCAAUGUUGCUGGGGAAACCUCCUCACGCCCUAGUGAUCCUUUUGAUUUCAUGGGGUUGGGCACCGAGCACCCGCAGGUAUCACCAUCAGCAACAAAAAGCAGCCCCAUCUUAGGAGAGGAUGAAGGCGAGGGUGAUGAUGGCGGAAUGAAGCAGACCCAGUCCAGUCCAGGCAAAGAAGAUCCUCUUCCUCCUUUUAAAUCAGCAGUUUCAGGUCCUCCUCCCGAGGAGCAUUUCGCCGAGGACGAUGGUAUUGGUUUGGAUAGAGAUGAUCCUCUCGCUUUCUUUGGCUCAGGGAGUCAGAGGAACGAAUCGCGCACGCGAGAAAGCGAUGGGGGCAUCAUUGACGAUUUGAUGAGUUGGGAUGCGCCAUGCAUCAGGGAGCCCAAGAAUGGUCCAAGUUCUGCGCACCAUGAGGAUUCGAUCGGAGGAAAAACUUCCAGCAGUUCAUCGCGAACGGAUGAGAACCAAGCUCACCAACCAAUGGAGAGAGUUGGUCAAGAGCCUGAUGCCGAGGCCGAUAAUGAUCCUUUUGGGUUUGGUUUCGAUUUUGGUCUUAGAGGUUCUGGUGGUCAGAGCAGAGUUGAGAAACAGCAUUCCGCACAGCCGAUGGCUGGCGAUAUCGAGGAUGAUGUUUUUGGGGCAGACAGUGGUCCUUCUGGCUUCGGUUAUGGUACUGACGGUCCUAAGAGUUGGGGCAGGGUGUCAGGGCCGGGAAAUUCUUCACCGGUUGACACGAGAAAGAGUCAAGGAACCACUGGUAGUGACAACCUCCCACCGGAUGGCGCGACAGAGAAGAACACGACCACAGAUCCACUGCAGAUUGACCCCUUAUCUUGGAGCUGGUCGCCCACUACAGGGGAAGACGCACCGUUGAGUCUGGUGGACUACUCAACUGCCCAGGGAUAUUUGAGAGCAGCCCCCAACAGGAGAACCCCAGCCCAGAUCGCCACCGCUAGGUGGCAGGCAGUAUGGAGUGAAGACCUCUCCCAAGCAGGUCCAGAGUUCGACAGACUGGAAUAUCCUGAUCGAACUGCCAAACGGUAAGCAAGUGAGUGUAUUGUGGUUGCUGUCUCUGAUGGUCACACCAUC